AUGGCCUCGGAACAGCCGCCUCAUACCCGCCCAGGUAGGAACGCAUCCGAUAUCCCACAAAGUAGCCAUAAACGCGCCAUCUUCACGGGCCUCGCACUCCUCGCUGCAUUCCUGAUUGCUGCAUUCGGGACAGAGUCCAAUCUGUCUUUCCUUCGUCGUAUCUUCGGGUCUUUCCACUCCGUGCGAGUCGGGGUGGAGCCGUACAAUAUCCGAAAUACUUCCAGUGUGGUGAAGAUGAAGACGCCGAUCUAUUUUCUGAGCCAUGGAGGGCCUAAUAUCAUGUUCGAUGUCGAACACCCGGCCUACAAAAAACUCGGUGCCAUUGGGCGUGAGAUCACGACGAAAGUGAAGCCGCGUGCGGUCGUGGUAUUCUCGGCGCAUUGGCAGGGAGGAAGGGAUACGAUCUACGUCAACACUGCCGAGAUGACGGAUCUUAUUUAUGACUUUUACGGGUUCCCGGACCACUACUACAAAGAGAAGUAUCCGAACGUCGGAAGCAAAGAGGUCUCGAGCAAAGUCCUCGAUGCACUGAAAGAAGCCGGUAUUUCCGCGAAGGGGGUGAAACGAGGUCUCGACCAUGGCGUCUGGGCCAGUUUUAAGUGCGCUUUCGACCCCGAAUCAAAUCCCCUCAAUGUCCCGAUAGUCCAAGUCUCACUCUUCGACACCGAAGACCCAAUUCAGCACUACCGGCUUGGUGAAGCCGUCGCUAAGCUGCGCGAAGAGAACAUCAUGAUCAUAGUCUCGGGCAUGGCAGUGCAUAACCUGCGCGAUCUGCGUUUCACCUUCAGCAACCCUACUCCAUUACCGUAUACGGUGAGUUUCGACGAGGCGCUCAAGGACGCAGUGACGACCUCGCCGGAGGAGCGGGAGGAGGCGCUCGCGGCGCUGGUUAAGAGGCCUGAUGCACGUCAGGCACAUCCAUCUUUUGACCAUCUUUUGCCUAUUCAUGUUGGAGCUGGAGCUGCGGGGGCGGAUCGGGGAGAGCGACUGUGGACGCUGAAGGAGGGUAGUAUGAGCUGGGCGCAAUUUCGGUUUGGGGAGGUUCCAACUGGGAGUGCUCUGUCAGCUGUAAGGGGAGGAAUUGUGGGAUAG